UUCCACUAGCUGGAUGAAUGCUUUAAAUAGAUUAGUCAGGUGCUGCAGGUGCUGCUGUAUCACAGAAGAAUCAGCACUAGUUGCAAAAUAUUACGUCCUUCCCCGUCAGACAGUCAGAAAUGGCUGAUCUACUCAAAGGCAUAAAUCUCAUUGAGACUCUUAAAGAGUCGAUGGAGAGCAACAAGUUUUCUGAUGUAAAGGACGCCGUUGAAGAUCUUCUUAUCAGUAGGAUCAACCUUGCUGUCGUUGGGGAGCGUGGAGAUGAAAAAUUCUCCCUUAUUAACUCCCUUCAUGGCCUUGGACCUGAGGAUGAAGGUUCAGCCCCUUCUCAAUCUCCUGUCACCCCAGAGGAAGUAGGUGGUUACCCAAAUCCCAAACACCCAGACUUCCGUCUUUGGGAUCUGCCACCUGUCCCAAUCACAUCCCCAUUUGAACCAGAGGGAUACAUAAGUAGAUAUAAGUUCCUUCGUUAUAAUGCUGUCUUUAUGACGUUUACACAAAUCAUACAACCAAACUGCGUGGAGGUUUUUUUGGAGGCUCUUUCACUGCAGCAGAAAACAGUGUAUUUUGUUCUCUUAGGUUCCAUGAAAGACACAGAUAAGAGUUUGGAAGAAAAGAGGAAAGCAAGUCUGGAGGUACUGAAAUCACAGGGUGUGAAACAGCCUAAAAUCUACCUGGUUAGACCUUUGAAUCUUGAGAAGUUAGACUUUCCUGGCCUCUUGGUAGAUGUUACCAAAGACCUUCCUGAGAUCCGGGCUCACGCCCUUCUUCUGGCAUUACCCACACUCACCCCAACACUGGUUACUCUGAAAAAGGAGGCGUUUAAAGCACUCAUAUGGGCAGCUGCCUCCCUAUCCGGUGGGAUGUCAGCCAUUCCUGUUCCCCUUGUGGCAUCUAUGGUGGACUCGAGCAUUGCAGUGCGGAUUUUAACAAAAGCCCAGAUAUCUCUGUGCGUUGAUGAUGAAUCGAUCGAGCGAACGGCUCGACAGCGGCACCUGGAACCAACAAGGCUUAAAGAACUGCGAACUUGUGCGUUGUCAGUUGAGGUCACUAAAGGGGAAGUUAAAAGAAGACUUGCUGCAGCUGAGAAGGACUUGGCUACCGUUUCGUCAAAGUUAGUGGAAAUGGCGCUGCCUAGACAUGCGCGUUUGGCCAGCCGCUCCUUCACUGCCAUGCUGCAAGCUUUAAAUGGUGCUAUUGAUGAAAUGGCUGCUGAUGCUGAGAAAAUAGUGGCAGCUGCAGUGGAGGGGGGGAAAUAAAGCAACCGUAUUUAACUAUGUGAGCUGUUUUCUGUGUAGUGAAACACCACUUUUAUAAUAUAAGAUGUUCAUUUACUGUUGAGAAAUUAAAGAUUGAGCAAAGGAAAUAUUCUUCAAUUGCUGCUUGGUGUUAGAUGUUGGUUACCCAAAUAAUCCAAAUAUAAAAAUGUAUCAAAAUAAAUUUACCAAUAAAUUAUGAGCAACAAAGUGAAA